AUGGACGAGAAGGAUCGGGAGUUGCUGCGGCGGUGCCGCCUGCGACUGGUACGGGAGCUGCAGGUGGCCGACCUCUGGGAUGCGCUGCUCAAACGGGGGCUCUUCACGCCCGACAUGAUCGAGGACAUCCAGCAAGCAGGCUCUGGAUCUCGACGGGAUCAGGCCAGGCAGCUGAUCACAGAUCUAGAGACUCGAGGGAGCCAGGCCCUUCCGUUGUUCAUCUCCUGCUUACAGGACACAGGCCAGAACGUGCUGGCUUCAUUCCUGAGCAUAAAUCGCCAAGCACCAAAGCAGGAUCCUGCUUCCGUCGGACCCCUGGAUGUACUUGGACCAAUGGAGCUCAGACCAGCUGAGCUCAGGCCAGAGGUUCUCAAACCAGAGGUGCCCAGGCAGGUGAACAUUGACUCUGAAGGGCUCCGUGAUACCUGUGAGUAUCCAGCAUUGGGAAGAAACACUGAUUUGGCAUACGUCCUGGACGCUGACCCUUGUGGCCACUGCCUCAUUAUCAACAAUGUGAACUUCUGCUUCAAGUCAGCGCUCAGCUCUCGCACUGGCUCCAACAUCGACUGUGAGAAGUUGCAACGACGCUUCCGCUUACUGCAUUUUGUGGUGGAGGUGAAGUGUGACCUGACUGCUAAGGAUAUGCUCCAGGUUUUGGUGGGGCUGGCACGGCGGGACCAUGGUACUCUGGACUGCUGUGUGGUGGUCAUCCUCUCCCAUGGCUGUCAGGCCAGUCAUCGCCAGUUCCCGGGGGCUGUCUAUGGCACGGAUGGAUGCUCUGUGUCCAUUGAGAGAAUCGUGAACAUCUUCAGUGGAACUGGAUGCCCCAGCUUAGGAGGGAAGCCCAAGCUCUUUUUCAUCCAGGCCUGUGGUGGGGAGCAGAAAGACCAUGGGUUUAAGGUGGCCUCUGCUUCCCCUGAAGACAUGGCCUCUGGCAGUAACUCUGAGUCAGACGCCACCCCCUUCCAGGAAGACCCAGGGAGCUCUGACCAGCCAGAUGCUGUGGCUAGUUUGCCCACACCCAGUGACAUCUUUGUGUCCUACUCCACCUUCCCAGGUUUUGUCUCCUGGAGGGAUACCAAAAGCGGCUCCUGGUACAUUGAGACCCUGGACAGAGUCUUGGAGCAGUGGGCUGACUCUGAAGACCUGCAGACCCUCUUGCUUAGGGUGGCCAAUGCUGUUUCAGAGAAGGGGAUUUACAAACAGAUGCCAGGUUAUUUUAAUUUCCUCCGGAAAAAACUUUACUUUAAAACUUCUUGA